GUGCAAUAUCUUGCAAUGAAGUGCUCGUCUGACUCACUUGCAGGCCCACGGGUUGCACUGGGCAGGCGGGCUCCGGUGACGGGCGGGGCGCGGCGCUUCUACUGUGACCUGUGCACGUACUCCACCGUGUUCCGUCGCAACCUGACUGUGCACCGGCGCACCCACACCGGCGAAAAGCCGUACUCGUGCCGAUGCUGCGCCCGCCGCUUCACUCACAAGAGUGGCCUCAACCGCCACAUGCGCACCCAUGGCGACCAGCCCCGACACGAGUGCCCGCACUGUGCCAAGACCUUUGCCCAGGGCAAGCACCUGGCGGCACACCUGCGCUGCAGUCACGGCAUCACGGCAGCUGUUGCCGAGGCCAGUGUGGCCGAGCAGGACCAGCCAAUGAGCUGUCCUCUGUGCCAGCUCACGUUUGUGGGCAAGAAGGCACUCAUGCAACACCUGCAGCGUCACGUUUCCAGCGAUGGCCAGGUGCUCUACCCGUGUGCCAGCUGCGAGCAAGUGUUCACCGAGUCCUCGAGCCUCGAGCAGCACGUGAACGAGGAGCACCCGUCCGACACUGUCUCUUUGCCAGCCAGCGAGGAAGAUGAAGACGACAGUCUGCUGGGGCUGGCUUGAAAGUCGGCAGCGCUACUGCAUCAGCAGCUGCCAGCCUUGGAAAACUACAGCCAGCAUAUGUAUGGUUUUUCUUAUGUGUGCUGGGAACGAGUCUAUGUCACAAGUCCGUCAAUUUGCUUGCUGCCAUGUGAUUAGUAUGUCACUAUGUGCCAUUUACAUAAAUGUGUGAAUGCACCGGACAGUUCAAGUCGGACAUGAUUGUGCUUCAAAAUGCUUUCUGCUUGAAAGCACUUCUCUAGAGUGUUGCAUGUAGGAAAGGAAUAAUUUGCCGUACUCAUUUCAAAAGUCGUCAGCUAGUAUACUGCUUUAAUGCUGUUCAUUGUAGGUUUGGCACUUGCUUCACUUGCUCUGGUUUAGAAGGGGCUUUUUUGCAUGUGCAGACAAUGACAGUGACCAGGAGCUUUGCCAAACGUGAAAGACGUUAAUCAUGUCGAUAAAAGCAGAGUUGCCUUGUUUCACAUCUGGUGAAUUCCAGUGGGCAUAGUGGCACGGCUUUAAAAGUUCCACUUGUGCCAAGCACGAUCAAAUGAUGGCAGAGAACGAUGAAAUAUGGAAAUUCGCAGGCAUAACUUGGAAUUGCCUAGUGCGAGGCGGAAAUAGUUCAGUUUGCACAGGGGUAUUUCAUACCCUUGAAAUUAGGAAGUAUGUUUUUCAUAAAAGCCCUAGAAUUAUUGUUUCUCCUUGAAAAUGUUUGAAUUUCUUGAAUGAUACCCCAGGAAAGGGGUUUCAAGACUAUCGUUUCCAUUCACCAUGGUGCAUCAGCACAGACCUGGCAAAUUUCCAAUUUUAAAAGCAAUGCUACAAUCUAACUCGGAGGUAUCAUAUCUGGAUAAGAUCACAAAAUAGCUUCAUAUCACAAAUAGAUUCAGUAUCAUACACUCUAAAAUUUUGGGCGUCUUUUGGGCGUCUUCAGCCAGAUGACAAUAAUCGUCAUCUGGCUUGCUUGCAUUUCCUUUCAUGAAAACUGGGCACUUGCCACUUGUCUGUCGUGAAUGCUAUGAUAUGCUGAUAGCACGCCGGCUAAAGUGCUGCGCACACAGCAAAAGCGCGAGGAAUGGCAUGCGAUAUUGUUAUGAGACAAAAAGGCACUGAAAAUUGUGUAGCUGUAACGCACACAGGUGCUAUGCCUCCUAUUUGUAUACUUUCAAUGAAACAGUGCGUUGGCAGACAAUGGACAAGGAGAGUGCACAGGACAUGUGCCUGGUCUCUUAUAUAAGGUGGCUGUAAAGAUGUGUAACAUAAAGAUGUGAGAUGUGAUGAGAAAGCGUUUCAAAAGAAAUGUUGCAUAUGAGUAGAAGAUUUUUGGAAUUUCUAAAUUUCUAUCUGGUUUGACCGCAGUAUUUUGGCUCAAUAACCUGUAUAGUUAAGAGUGGAGGGGGGGGGGGGGCUGCAACAGUUCCUGUGUAGUGCCAGCUCUAAGUGAGAGAUAUCUUAGCUAUGUUAGUAAGAAUCUGGACGGAUCUUUGGAGGGGAUGCACUUACGUAUGUUCCGCUAUGUUGACGAUUUUGUUUAUUCUGUCAGCAAACACUGGUUUCAAGGUAGUCCCGGAGGCCUUUAAGCAAGCUGAGUGUAGGCUAACCUUCACCCAUGAACUCCCAAACAACAUGGAGAUCCAGUUUCUGGAUGUGAAGCUAAUGUUCCAGGCAGACCACAUUAGCUGGACCUAGGUCAAUGAAACCCUUGAUUCUUGCAGAAUUGCUGGGCAGUGAAAAUGGUGAAAUGGAAAUGCUCGGCCCCAGUUCAAGUCAGAACUCUUCACCUGAUAAUCCAGCAGAUGAUCAUCCACAGGAGAUACAAGGUGUGAGCACUUCCAAUCCCCAAACUUCUGACCAGUGUGGGCAAGCAGCUGUGCAGCCAACAACACGCAGCAAGGGUGUGCAGGCAGAUGUAAAGAAAAGCACAGCUUCGCACUCCACCCAAACAAAGCCUCCGACCAUUUAAAUAGGCCACAAGAACACCCCAAAACGCAAACAUCUGGCCAAGAAAGGAGAAUUUUCUUUGUUCAAGAAAAGUGCCUGCAUGACCUUCUGAAU